UUUGCCUGCGCUAUAGCUGUCCCUGGAUCAUUGAUCAGUUGGGUGCUGAAGCAGGGAAGGAGGAGGGAGCGGGGAGCAUCGGGCUCUUGUGGCAGCGCACUUACAUUGGCCUGAGGGAGGGGUCCCCUUCAUGGCGAGGAGGGUCCCUUAUUGCGGAAGCUGCCAGCUUGCUGCGUAACAGGUAGAGAGGGAUCGGUAUCUGGGGGAGCGGGAUUUACCUGCGGCUGGAUGUGCGCCCUGGGCUAGUGGCUCUGUCAGCAUGAGUGCCGUAUCCCAGCACCAAGCUGUCCAGAGCCCCCUGGAUAAGCCCUCGGGAAAUGCCAUCCUCUGCAACAACUGUGGCAAUGCCUGUAAGGGAGAGGUGCUGCGGGUGCAAAACAGAUAUUUCCAUAUUAAAUGUUUCGUAUGUAAAGUGUGCGGCUGUGACCUGGCCCAGGGAGGCUUCUUUGUCAGACAAGGAGAUUAUGUUUGUACUCAGGACUACCAGCGACUGUAUGGAACCCGGUGCUUCAGCUGUGAUGAAUUCAUUGAGGGAGAAGUUGUUUCUGCCCUAGGGAAAACCUACCACCCCGGCUGUUUUGUAUGUGCGGUAUGUAGGAACCCUUUCCCCCCCGGUGACCGUGUCACUUUCAACGGCAAGGAGUGCAUCUGCCAAAAAUGUACCAUGUCUCCGACUGCCGGAAGCGGCAACUUCUGCAUCCAGGCGCUCCGAAAUUGCGGCGGUUGUGGCUUGGAAAUAAAGAAUGGCCAGUCACUGGUAGCACUGGAAAAGCACUGGCAUUUGGGAUGUUUCAAAUGCAAAACCUGUGGCAUGCCUCUGAAAGCAGAGUAUAUCAGCAAAGAUGGGAUUCCAUAUUGUGAAACAGACUAUCACGCUAAAUUUGGCAUAAAAUGUGACCACUGUGAGAAAUUCAUCACAGGCCGAGUGUUGGAGGCUGGAGAAAAGCACUAUCACCCAACGUGUGCGUGCUGUGUCCGCUGCAGCCAGAUGUUUGCAGAAGGCGAGGAGAUGUACCUGCAAGGAAACUCAAUAUGGCACCCCAUAUGUAGGCAGGCGGCCAAAACAGAGGAAAGGAAUAAGGAGACAAGAACAUCCUCAGAGAGCAUCAUUUCAGUACCUGCAUCAAGCACAUCAGGAUCCCCGAGCAGAGUUAUUUAUGCCAAACUCGGGGAUGAAAUUCUUGACUACAAGGAUUUGGCGGCCCUGCCUAAAAAUAAAGCCAUCUAUAAUAUUGACCGUCCUGAUAUGAUCUCCUACUCUCCAUAUAUCAGUUACUCUGCAGAUGACAGACAUAGUUAUGGGGAGUCACCUCAGUUGCUCUCUCCAACACCUACAGAGGGAGACCAAGAUGAUCGGUCACUUAAACAGUACAGAGCUUCCAGCCCCAGCUCGACUGGAUCUUUAGGGUAUGGUCGUUAUACCCCCACCUCCCAUUCUCCGCAGCAUUGCAGCAGAACAGCUGGUACCCUGCCUUUUGGUACCAGCAGCUGCAUCUCCUUGUCCCAACACACAAGCCCUACAUCUACAUUCAGGCAUCAUUACAUCCCUUUCUUCAAAGGCAGUGAAAGUGGCCGCAGCACGCCCAGUCUAUCCAUGUGCUCAGACAGCAAAUCUUCUUCUUCCUCCUAUCAGCAAGCGCCUAGGCAUUUCCAUAUCCCAGACUCUGGAGUUAAAGAUAACAUCUAUAGGAAACCCCCUAUCUACAAACAGCAUGCAUCAAGAAGAUCUGAAGGAGACCAAAUCAAUUUAGAUCCAGACAGCAGGAAGGUAAAAACAAGUUGGCUGAUUCUUAAAGGUGAAAUCGACGCUGAUAGUAAUUCCACAGAUACAGAUUCCCAUAGUACAAGAAACUACAGAGAUGUGCCUCAGAGGAUGCCAGGAGAUGCCAAGUACUCGGGGCUGCCUUAUUCUAAGUCUGCAUCCCUUCCUGGCUAUGGGAAGAACGGCCUCAACAGAGCUGCUAAUUUUGGGGAAUUUCAUCUCGAUGACGACUCCAGCUGGGGCAUGAGAGAGUACAAGGUAAGAGACGCCAGCUGUGCACCCACCACGGAACCCAACUCCUCCCCACCCUACAAGGUCUAUCCCUAUGAAAUGCUCGUCGUUACCAACCAAGUAAGGGUGAAGCUGCCGAAGGACGUGGACAGAACCAGACUAGAGAGGCACCUAUCAGCGGAGGAAUUCAAGCGCAUCUUUGGGACGACUAUCGAGGAGUUUGACCGCCUGGCGCUUUGGAAAAGGAAUGACCUCAAGAAGAAAGCACUGCUUUUCUAGCCCCUUUUUCCAGGGAGUGCAUUGACUCCCCCCCCCCCCCCCCAUCAGAACUCCUACUCCCCAUGCCAACUGUCUGCUCAUUAUCCUUCUUGUUAUUCCAGAAGUGAAGAGGAGACUUUCCACAUCUGCAUGGCCAGCUGGUUUCUUUCAGUUCCUUCUGGCCCAAGCCAUAACCCCACUGUAUGUUGCUUUAUUUACAGUAAUGGAUCAGCCCAGAGACACAAUGCUAUGGAGAGGUGUAUAUCUGCUACAAGGCAAGCUCACAUACAUACAUAUAUAUUUAUACAUAUAUAUUUAUUGCUAUCUCUUCCCCUACUGUUAAAGGGGCAGUACACAAUAUUGAUCCGAUGUGAGUGGCUGAGUUUAUUUGAUAAAAGCCAGGAAACAGCAUGCAGGUUACUUACAGGAUCAGGAUUGUGUGGUUCCUUUUGGGUGUGGAAGCUAAAACAUAAUACAAGAGCUAGGGGUCCAAAUAUGGGUUGUCCUGGGCCCCAAAAAGCACCAAUGGUAAUGUUCCUUCUGAUUCUAUCUGUGGGCUUUGUGUAGUGUAGUGGGCACAUUUGUGAUGGUGGUGGGGGUGGUGGUAGACAGUACAGAAGGGCAAGAUGGCAACAGUUACACUUUAUAUCAGUCUUGGCCCUAGUUUAUCUUGAAGUAUAACUUUCAGCACCCACAGGUAACAGUGGCUUUCAGAGGUUCUGGGAGUUGUACUUGUGCACCACUAAGGAUAGCCAUGACAGCAGCACUUUACAUAAUGUUAGCCCACCAUGUUAGAACUAAAGCAGAGCAUGCUGGGAAUACCAAGGGCUGCAGAUCCCUCGAUCUGGAUCACUUUGUCCAGUACAAGCAUGCACAAGCACUUAAGGCCAUGGGGUCUGCAACUCCUAACUAGAAGUAUGCUCCAGAACUACAACUCUCUGCUUUUUCUAAGCCUAGUAGAGGAUGCUGGGAAUGGCAGUUUAGUAAGUUUUGGAAACUCGGAUCCUAGCGCUAAGCUGGUACCAUUGCCAUUUGAUCUCUUUUAAUUAAAUGUAGCCCAUGUGAAGAUGAAAUAUUUGUAGUAGUCUAGCAGGAGGAUGACUUGCCUUCAGGGGGCGCUAUUGCAAAUAUAACUACCCUGCUGCAGAGAGUAUCCUAAUGCUUUAUACGUUUAUUCAGCUUAAAAACAGUGUUACGGCACGUUUGCCCCAUUAUUAUACAAUAGAUAUCAGUAUUUUGCAGUAUUUUGCCCUGCCCUGAUUGCCACUUAGUGCCCAGUCUUGUGUUUAUACUAAAUGAUUUGCCCCCAGCCUUGCAUUAAUGUGUUCACAGCAGGUACUUGUGCCCCUCAAUGCAGUGAAGACAUUUUUUCAUAAAGCUGAAAAGGCAACAUUAUGGCCCCUGGACCUUUGUGGCGAUUUUGUGGGUCUCUGUUGCCAUGUCAUUGCCAUUACCUUUUUUUUUUUGACAUUCAAAGCAGGCAGAAUGCCCAAAAUUGGCCAUUAUAGUGUUGAUUUAUCACUAUUUGGCACCAUCACUGGGUAAUUAGUUGCCGUCCUGCCCUGUAUAUUAAAUUGCGUCAUGGAACGUCAUUUAAUCAGUGGAGUCCCGUAAUCUGCUUUUAAUCUUACGCCUCUCCCGGGUCCCCAAACUGCUCCGUUCCUCAGCCUCAGACCCACGACUGUUACUCAUUACUAUUUUGUGCCAGCUCAGAGCAUAUUUAGGGUCAUUAGCGAGUACGUGUAAUUACUCCAGAGACUGAUGCAAGCCAGGAGGGAUGAGAUAACAUCCCCCAAGGGGAAAGCCAAGGUACACGCUGCCCCCUAUUGAGGACACAUUUAUCAAAUCUAAGGCAAAACUAUUACUUUGUCUUUAUGAAUAAAGACUUAAACUCAGAAUUAAAAGGGGAACUCUACCAAAUGAAAUAAAUUGCACAAGUUCAUAUAUUUCUGCAUAUUCUUUAUAUUCAGUGGAUUUUGUUUACUUUUUUUUAGCUUUCUGAUCUCACUCUCGUAGCUAAGUUAAAGGCCUCUCCAGGCAGCAAUGGAGUAACAGUGGAUCAGCCUAGAUAUAGGGUCAUUUAUCCUGCAGUGUGCCUUGGGAGGAAAUUGCACUUAUUAUUUGGGUUAUAGGUAGAAUCCUUGCCCUGAUGCAUCCUUUCUAACAUAUAGCAACGUGCACUUUCCUAUAUCACAUAAGGGAGCAGGCUUUUAUUUGCUUACUCCUCUUUCCUUCUAUUUUAUAGGUGGAUUUAAAGCCUUAUGUGGCAGUGAGGGGUAUGAGAGUAAUAUAGAAUGGAUGUAAAGGUGGUGCGUAGCCAUUACAUGUGGGGCAAACACGGGUACUUAUCUUACCUGUGCAGGACACGGUCAGACUGGGGGUGUAGGGCCCACAUCCCCUCAGGGCCCCCCUGCCACCUGUCCAACCACCUCCCCAUACUCACAAUAUAGUUACCUUCGGACGCAUCUUGGGUGGGAGAUCAGUGGCUCGGGGGAGUGCAGCGGGGAUCUGGUCUGGGCCGGCCCAGUCCCUGAUCCAGGAUGUGGUAGAUAUAAGUGCCACCAAAUUAAUGGUGUUGAAGUGCCAUUGAUUCCUUGUCAUUUCAGUGUAGUAGUGUAGUGGGAAGGAACCUUAAGGAAAUGCUGCAGUGCAUGGAAACUUACAGGAGAUGUUGAGAUGUUGUGUGGGGGCUAAGAUACAGCAGUGCAGUGAGUGGGGCCUGGGGUAGGGGCAGUAAGGCAGAAGAUACAGCAGUGCACUGAGUGGGGCUGGGGGCAGUAAGGCAGAAGAUACACUGGUGCAGUGAGUGGGGCCUGAGGUAGGGGCAGUAAGGCAGAAGAUACAGCUGUGCAGUGAGUGGGGCCUGGGGUAGGGGCAGUAAGGCAGAAGCUACAGCUGUGCAGUGAGUGGGGCCUGGGGUAGGGGCAGUAAGGCAGAAGCUACAGCUGUGCAGUGAGUGGGGCCUGGGGUAGGGGCAGUAAGGCAGAAGAUACAGCAGUGCACUAAAUGGGGCAGGGGGCAGUAAGGCAGAAGAUACACCGGUGCAGUGAGUGGGGCCUGGGGUAGUGGCAGGGGGCAGUAAGAUACAGCAGUGGAGUGAGUGGGGCCUAGGGUAGGGGCAGUAAAGCAGAAGAUACAGCGGUGGAGUGAGUGGGGCUUAGGGUAGGGGCAGUAAGACAGAAGAUACAGCGGUGGAGUGAGUGGGGCCUAGGGUAGGGGCAGUAAGGCAGAAGAUACAGCGGUGGAGUGAGUGGGGCCUAGGGUAGGGGCAGUAAGGCAGAAGAUACAGCGGUGGAGUGAGUGGGGCCUAGGGUAGGGGCAGUAAGGCAGAAGAUACAGCAGUGCAGUGAGUGGGGCAGGGGGCAGUAAGGCAGAAGAUACAGCAGUGCAGUGAGUGGGGCCUGGGGGCAGUAAGGCAGAAGAGCAGUGCAGUAAGUGGGGCCUGGGGUAGGGGGAGGGGGCAGUAAGGCAGAAGAUACAGUAGUUGGGAAAAGAAAGAUCAGCCAAGGUAAGAAAAUGUUUAUGGAAAAAUUCAACUCAUUUAUCAACACUGGGCAGAUUUGCACCUGGGCAGUAACCCAUGGCAACCAAAUACAUUUUCUCUUCAUUGUCCUACAGCUGUCUGAAAAAGCUAAUCACUGACUGGUUGCUAAGGGUUACUGCCAGGGUGCAAGUCUGCUUAGUUUUGAUCAAUGACCCCCACUGUGUUUUAAUAGUAGAUUAUGUUUUAGGCCUAUUUGAUGAUUUCCCAGCACAGGGGGAGAGGGUUUAUAGAAAUAUAUAUACUGGCCACAUUUAAUUAUAAUACAGACCGUACAGUAACCUUGGACAUAUCAGUAGGAGGGCAAUUAUAUGGGUACGGUUUAUAGGUCCUAUAGGUAUCUUGGUCCAUAUUCUCUAUUAUAAGCUUAUAAUUUAUAUUGUACAUUAUAUCCUAAUGCUGUUUGUAUCCCAUGUAUAUUAUAUUCAGUUAUUUUUAUAGCAAUGUUGUUAAUUUAACUGCAGCCAAUUCGAAAUCCCAUAUUUAAAGCUAACUUUCAUAUGCUACUGUACUAUAAUAUAUAUAUAACACUAAAUGAUAUAGAUGAUAUAAGAGUUAUUUUAGCCACUUCUCUGUUACUUAUCCGCUGCAUUUAAAGGGUUAUUAUCACAUAAUUAUUUUUACCUGCAUUAAGGCCCGGUAGUGUUAUUUUGUGCUGCAUUGGCAGUUACAGUUCCAUAGACGCAUAUAAAGGCUCAUUUGCAAUGUGCAAAGUGCUAAAACGAUUGCAAGCAGCCAUGUUUUUUUUUUUUUACCCAUAAUGCAGUGCUUUUUUUUCUCAGAAUUUUAGUUUCAUUGAAGGCAUUUGCCCAAGCAGCCCCACCAUAAUCCAUUCAUGCUGCUGUGGCCUGCAGCUCCCAGAAUCCUCAGCUAAGAGAGCGGCUGAUAGUGACAACAGCCAUUGAUUUCCUUGAUUGUGUAAGAUAUGAGGCAAUAUGGACACGAGGAAUGCACGUGGGCUGCUCCAAUGAUUAUGGCAAGCCUCCCCUAUAGAGAGAAGUGGUACGGCCAGCUGGGCAGGAUUAUCACAAGGCAAAUGUAUGGCCUGGCCGUUCCGCAUCUGUUGCUUUAUGUGCACUAUUCCCAAACCCCCAAAGAGAAUAUGAAGUAGGGAGUAACUGUGAGCGCCUGAUGUCAUAUAGGGAGCACUCAGAGUUGAACUAGAAGGCAGGGACGUGCAAUCUGCCCCCAAUGUGCAACUGCCACUCCCAGCGGGGGCCCCGGGAAUUGGAGAUGAACCAGAGCAGGAGGGAGGCUGUUUGGGAAUAGCAGAAUUUAGCAUCAUUUUCUGCAGAAUUGUGUGCCGAUCCGGAUCAGUCGCCUUCAUUCAGUGGGCAUACUGCUGGCAUCUGAAACCUGCAUGGCGAUUGGUCGAUUUUAAAGCCUGAUUCAUUAUUCACUAUUGGUUUCUAAGUGCAGGGAGAAAGGGAUCCAGAGCAGGCAGCCUGUUAGGAUGGGUUCAAAAGAAUGCCGUACAUUGCACCUUCUGCCCUCCACCCUACACGUAUGAUUGGUGCUAUGGGAAUGCCGGCGCUUCUAAUAGGGUAUCUGUGACAAACAAAGACUACACAAUUUCUAUGCACUUUUAUAUAUGUCCUUACUCCCACCCCCCUGUUAUGCUAGGGGCCAGGACAAAUGGGUUCUCCUAAAAUUGUCCUUGUGCUGCAUUAUCUGAAUAACGAAUGCUGAUUGGUUGCUAUUGGAUACUAGACAUGGAAUAACUUUGCAGCCAGCAUCUAGCAGAGGAUGCUGGGAAUUAUAGUUCACAGCAGCUGGCUCUGUGACACUCUGUGCUAAUACUAAGCAGUGCUACACAGACUCAUAAGCACAAUCAGCACAUUGGAUAAAUGGAACAGGCGUAUUAGAGAGAUAACCUGGGGGUUGCAGGGUUGGCCGGGGGCCCGAGUCACGACACACACACAUCUGGAUCUUGUUAAUGUGUUUUCUGAGAAAUUACAAAGUUUAGUAAAGGGCAGAGAAAUGUCCAAAGGAACAGCAUUGCAGGACAAACCACUAACAUAUCCCAGUUCUUUAGUAGGAGACAACUUGCCGCUACUCGCCCCCCUUGCCUUUAUUCUGCUUUCUAUAUACAAAUUGGUACUGUAUACAGUAUGUUUUAGUGGGAAAGUUCAGACUCAGUAGCUCCUUAUAAGGACACUGGCGUCUGAAUAUGAAUUUGUCAGUCACAAAGGCAACUCCCGUUAACCCCCACAUACCCAGGGGCACUUGUGCCAUGAUGCAAGGGAAGAGUCACGGCCAUAUAGGUUGGAAAACUCAUAUUCUGAAUACAAUGCAGUAUUUUUGCUGAAGCACAAGCCUUCAGCCAUAGUCUGACACUGAGAUGUCUAUAGAAGCUGUCUGCUACAAGGUGCUGGCAUUUCUAUAGAAUGAAAUGGUAAGAAAGGCAGUUUUAAUAGUAUUUGGAAGCUUUGCAACAAUGCCAUGUUCCAAAGAUGUAUACUCCGGUGUUCCAAACAUGCUCCACCUAGUGGCAGAAUGCAGAAUAAUCAUUUUUUUAUAUUUAGAAGCUAAGAGAUAAAAAAUAUAUAAAUAAACCAAAAUGGAUCUAUUUAUUUGCAGUGGAAAUUGCUGCCCGGGCUCAGCUGUCCUCAGUUGCUAUCACAAUGUCACAACAUUCAAAUGUUUAUCAAUAAAAACUCAUUUAAAGCCAUUAUUUUACCAAAUGUGAUAAAUCUGUAUAUUAAAAUAUGCAUGAAUUUCAGGCCUGCUUGGAAUGAGGGCAUGUCUCAGAUACCUGACUGUUACAUCACUUUCACCUUGGGUACAUAGGACUCAUAGAGAAUGCAGAGCUGUUUUUGGGCAAGAUGGCAGCAGCAGAGCAAGAUGGCAGCUGUAAUGCUUUAUUUCAGUGUAGCCCAACCUGUAGCCCGUUAUUAGUUGUUGGCCUUAGCUGCCAAGGGCUUUCAGAGAGUAUGAUAGUUGCAGGCCAACAACAAGGUUGCAGGCAUGUGUGGGUGGAGAAAUUGGCCUUUAGAGAUGGGUCACAGACAGGUGGAGGGCCGUAUUAACUGCCAACCCAUCUUCCUCCCAACCUCUCCGUGCUGUCCUAGUUUAUAUACUGUUUAUGCUGGUUAUAUGCUUGUACUUGCCCCACCCCCAUCCAUGACAUCAGAGAAAGGUGGGGUGUAGGGUUGCCACUUUUCCUCAUAACUAAAACUGGACAAAUGUUGAUGAUGCCAGGGGUGGGGCUAGUGACAUCAAGGGCAGGACUAAUGACAUCAGGGACAGGGCUGUGCUGUAUUGGGGUGGGGCUAUUAAAAUCCAUUGCCGCUAUAGGCACCAGACAACCAACAGUCCCCACCCACCUCUGACAUUGUGUAGUACAGUUGCCUCUGGGCGCUUUAUUAAGCAAAUAUCUGUUGGGGAGGGGGGGGGACAAUUUUGUAUUUUAUUUUUUAUAUAUAGGUACCCCCCUAAAGCGGGCAACCCAGGCACAGGUCUAGGGGUGCCUAUAUAUAAAUAUAGCCCUGGCUGCAGGUUGAACAAAAGCCCCAGGCCCCUGAGCUAUAAAAGGAAAGCCUUUCAACAUCGAGGAGCAAACUUGGGGGAAAAUGGGCAUUAUUGUAUGGUGUUGCACUCGGUUAUUCCGGAAGCUUCCAUUAAAAAGUAUGGCACAAACAUUCACCGAUACGCUGUCAACUGUAACACCGGGGAUUUUGCCUCUCAGCAACCGCUACAGUAAAAACUACAGACGUUUUACAAAUGUCUUUCUAUGUGUCUUAUCUCUGCUAUACAUUGAUUUGAUUGUAUCUCUCUGUGGCUUUAUAUCACAUCAUUUUAUGCUGCUAUAAGUUCUAUUAAUGUUCUGUAAAUGACAUAAUAAAUGGUUGUGUUUAUAUAAA